CUGUUUGGUGUUACCUAAAGCGAUUGCGACACGCAACGCUAUAUAGCUGUCUUCUCAACAGAUAAGAAAUAUUCUCUCGUAUGCGGACAUGACACAAUGUUUGCAGUGAAAGUUCUAACAAUAUGUGUUGCAGGAUUAGGCAUUUUACAUGCGGAAGACGAACGAAGAAUAUUACUAAAUGACCCGGAUCUACUACAGACACAGCUACACGCUUUAGAGAGAAAGGUCCAGGAGCUGACGACGAAAUACAACGACUUGCAGGCAACGAAAACAAAUGCUGGUGGUGUAUAUGUUCGAUGGGGGAGAAGAGAUUGUCCGAAGAACAACACAGAGUUAGUUUAUUCAGGGUUCGCAGGAGGCUCUUGGUAUGAGCACACUGGGGCGGCCGCCGAAUUUGUUUGUUUGCCACCUGACCCAGACCUAACGACAAAGUAUUCAAGUUCAUACGGCAGGAUGUAUGGGUCUGAAUACGAUAUAAAUAGCUUCGCUAGCCAUGGACUCGACGAUGGAGAUGACGUCCCGUGUGCAGUCUGCCGAAGUACUGCAGAAUCCAGCGUCAUUAUGAUUCCCGGUAAAAGUAGCUGCUAUGACGGCUGGUCCAUGCAGUAUCGAGGAGAUCUUGUGGCUGGUGCUUACUCUCACAAGGCUGCUACACAAUAUAUAUGUCUGGACGAGAACCCAGUGGCUUUACCAGCAGGACACGCUAAUAAUGAUGGGAACGUGUUUUACCCAGUCGUGGCUGUCUGUGGCUCCCUAGCGUGCCCCCCUUAUCAUGAUCACAAAUAUCUCACGUGUGUUGUUUGUACAAAAUAAGGUUUAACUGAAAUAGAUUAUAUGAAAGAUUAA